AUGCAGACUCCACCCAAUAUGGCCUUCAGGGAUAAAAAACCAAAACAAAAGCAGCACACAGUGCUCCUUAAUUAUUUCUACGCAACACCGGACAGCUUGGCCGGCAUGGAUACCCAAAAGCCCGCUGAGGGCAAGGGCGGUGACUCGAGCCUUUCAUCUCUCUGCGAUGACUCAUUUGCCUCAAUUUCACACUCAACGGUGGCGAGUCAUCCGCCGCUGGCGUUGCCUCAACUACUCUCGUGCAUGUUCGCGAGCGCCGACUUUCAACUAAGCCGCGAUCGACCCUUCAAUUGCUCUUUCGGUUCGCGUCGCCUAACCCUGCAACCGUCAUAA